UCUCAGGUUUCUUUCUGCUCUCUGGUACAAUUCACAGCGAUCACAGCUGAUUACAGGUCGCAGCUGUUAGCCGAUAGCAGUAUGUCGCUCGCGUGGAAUCCUUCGAAGAAGCACAGUGAGCGCGAGAGAUGGGUAUCCAUCUAUCCAAUAUAUGUGAACAGUAAGAGAAGCUUGGCGGGCGGGCGGAAGUUGGCCAAGGACAAGUGCGUGGAGAAUCCAACGCAUCAGGAGAUACGGGAUGUCCUGCUAGCGGCGGGCCUCAACGUGGGCGUCGAGAAUAAGCUGCAUCCAAAAGAGCGCAGCAAGGAGCCUGUGUUUCGCGGGCGUAUUCGCGUGCAGUUGAAGAACGACGACGGCACACCGGUACGGUCCGAGUUUUCCACCAGAGACUCCCUGCUGGAGUACGUCGGCACCACGAUUUCGAAACUGAAGACCCGCCAGGGUAAGCAGAGCUCUAGCGAGCAGGCGUCGCAGCCGUCUACGUCGACUUCGAAGAAAGGGAAAGGCAAGGGGAGGAGAUAAAAAAGAAAGGGAAGAUUCGGAACUGUUAAAAGUUGUCCUUUAUUUAUACACGCAUGUCUUAUAUUUUAUACGAAACAUUUGUAAAUGCCUAUAGUUAGAUUCAAUUCUGUUUCACGCAAUAUAUAAGAGGAGAAUUCGUACACAGUACGUGACGUACAUGCACGUACUCGCAUACACGUUAUGUAAUAAUAAGGCAAUAUACAGGAAAGCUCAACGUAAGAUAAAAUUAAUAUAUUGAAGAAUUGAAGAAAUACUGUAAAUGAGAUGUGGACUUCUGAAGUGAAUCACCAUGUGUGACUGAUCACUCUAUUGUAAACUACUUAGAACUCUCAAUUCUCCAACCAUAUAAGAUAAAUAAUAAAUAAUUAAGUAAUAAAGAAACUAUAGAUUUAGGACUUUUUUUCGAAAGAGAUAGUGCACGCGUAAUACACGAUUCCAUCGCACUGCUAUCCAGUUCGUGUCCUUCCUGAUGAUGAACUUUAGUAACUUCAUUAAUAUAAUAUGGAAGACUGGAUAACCAAUCUCACGAAAAAGAGGAGAGCUAACGAGGAAGAGAAGUGUGUGUGGCAACAUGUGUUAAUGCGCAUGUAUAUGUUUUUUAAUGGGACUCUAGCACACAAGUUGCAAAAUUUCGUACAAUAUGUAUCAUGCAAUGCUCUUUUUGAAAUUAAACGCUUGUUGGAAAUAAUAA